AGUCAAAAAGCGAGAGUGUGUCGAGAGGGUCCGUUAUCUAUCGCUAAUGGAAAGAUGGAAAGUGGCAAUGGCACUUCCAUUUUCCAAAUUCCAGUAGAAUAGGCAAAGGCAACAACACAUUCAUUCAAUUGCAAUUAUUAUUAUUAUUAUUAAUAUUAUCGCCAUUAUUUAUUAUUUAUAUUAAUCUAGUUCAUGCAUCUUGUAAUUUGCGUGUGAUCACCAUUCACAAUCUUCAAUCCUCUCUGCUACAAGACAAAUUUUCCAUUCCGGCAUCUUCUUCAGCCUACGUGCACAGAUUCCGCCAAUUCGUUUAACGCAUAAAGAACAACACAACCUCGUUCCAUCCUUUGCGACAAAGUCGGUUGUUGUCUUUCUGUUGACGCUUAUGGCUAUGGCGUCUCUGAUUCAGUGUUCGGCUACUUCCUUUUCCGCAACUCGAGGAGGAGACUCUGCUGCCCUCUUUUCCCCCUUCACUGCCCGUUUCUCAAAGACCCACAAGUGUCGGGUUAGAUGCUCCUUAGAUGAUAAUGUUUCCGACAUGAGCGUUAACGCACCAAAAGGGUUGUUUCCGCCUGAACCUGAGCAUUAUCGAGGACCCAAGCUGAAAGUGGCUAUUGUUGGAGCUGGGCUUGCAGGCAUGUCAACUGCAGUGGAGCUCUUGGAUCAAGGCCACGAGGUGGAUAUAUAUGAGUCGAGGCCUUUUAUUGGUGGCAAAGUUGGCUCCUUUGUUGACAAACGUGGGAAUCACAUUGAAAUGGGAUUGCAUGUUUUCUUUGGUUGCUACAACAAUCUUUUCCGAUUGUUGAAGAAGGUGGGUGCAAAUAACAAUCUACUUGUAAAAGAUCACACUCACACUUUUGUUAACAAAGGAGGUCAAAUUGGAGAACUAGAUUUUCGCUUCCCAGUUGGAGCACCAAUACAUGGGAUAAGGGCAUUUUUGACCACAAAUCAGCUUAAUACCUAUGAUAAAGCUAGAAAUGCCGUGGCUCUUGCACUGAGUCCAGUUGUCAAAGCUCUUGUUGAUCCAGAUGGUGCACUCAGGGACAUAAGGAAUUUGGAUAGUAUUAGUUUUUCAGAUUGGUUUUUAUCCAAAGGUGGCACACGCAUGAGUAUUCAAAAAAUGUGGGAUCCAGUUGCCUAUGCCCUUGGGUUUAUUGACUGCGAUAAUAUCAGUGCCCGCUGCAUGCUUACCAUAUUUGCAUUGUUUGCCACAAAGACUGAGGCUUCCCUUUUGCGAAUGUUGAAGGGUUCACCAGAUGUUUAUUUGAGUGGUCCCAUCAGGAAGUACAUCACGGAUAGAGGGGGCAGGUUCCAUCUUAGGUGGGGAUGCAGAGAACUACUUUAUGACAAAACGGAUGAUGGGAGUAUUUAUGUUACAGGACUUUCCAUGUCAAAGGCUACUGCCAAGAAAAUUGUGAAAGCUGAUGCUUAUGUUGCUGCUUGUGAUGUCCCCGGAAUUAAGAGACUAAUUCCAUCGGAGUGGAGGGAACAGCAGUUUUUCAAUAACAUCUAUGAGCUAGUUGGAGUUCCUGUAGUGACAGUGCAACUCAGAUACAAUGGUUGGGUCACAGAGUUGCAAGAUCUAGAAAAGUCAAGGCAACUGAAGAAAGCUGUUGGUUUGGAUAAUCUUCUCUACACACCCGAUGCAGAUUUUUCUUGCUUUGCAGACCUGGCGCUUUCAUCUCCAGAAGAUUAUUACAUUGAGGGACAAGGAUCAUUGCUCCAAUGUGUUCUGACGCCAGGAGAUCCAUACAUGCCCUUACCAAAUGACGAAAUCAUUGCAAGGGUAGCAAAACAGCUGCUCCACCCUUUGGCACUUCUGCUCCCCAAAAGUAGCCGCAUUCUCCAAGCAUUUUGUUCUUCGGCAGCCACUGCACCCCAAAGCAAAUUUUCUCUUUAGCAGCCGCUGCACUCUCAGAGCAUUUUUUGCUCUUGGGCAGCCAUUGUACCCUUCGAACAUUUUUACUCUCUAAGAAACUUUGCUGUCUAGCAACCGUUGUAGCCUACUGCAUUUUCUCUCUCCAGCAACCAGCGCACUCUGUUAGCAUUUUUUUUCUUUCUCCAGUAACCGCUGUGCCCUUUAAUCAUCUAUUUUUGCUCUCCAUUAACUGCAACAGCGUUCGAGCAUUUUUCUCUCUAGCAGCUGUCACGCUGAUCUCUGACAGGACCCUGUGAUCUGAGCUACCCUUCUUUGAUGACUACAUGCUACCUAACUCUUGGUCAGCCACUGUCAUGUAUUGCCAGUUCCUCAUCACGUCAUCUUUACACACCUGUACCAAACUGAUGAGCGAAACUUUGUCUAUACUGACUUUGUCAACUACAACAACUAUUGAUUGUCAUGAUGAUCAAGUCUCUUUUGAGUUCUAGCAUUGAUGUCAGACUAA